CCGCGGCGCACACACCCGAGCGCGCACACACUCACACUCACUCUCACACUCGCACACGCACACGCUCUCUCACACACCCCCUACGGUGGCCGGGGCCAUGGCCGAGCUCGGGGGGGCCCUGGGAGCCUCUCUGGACUGGGACGUGCACGGCUUCUCGUCGUCCCUGGGGAGCAUGCCCUUAGCCGACUCCCCGGGCUUCCUGACCGAGCGGCUGGGCCAGAUCGAGGGCAAGCUGCAGCGCGGCUCGCCCACCGACUUCGCCCACCUCAAGGGGAUCCUGCGGCGCAGACAGCUCUACUGCCGGACCGGCUUCCACCUGGAGAUCUUUCCCAACGGGACUGUGCACGGCACCCGGCAAGACCACAGCCGCUUCGGAAUCUUGGAAUUUAUCAGCCUGGCUGUGGGACUGAUCAGCAUCCGGGGAGUGGACUCAGGCCUGUACCUAGGGAUGAACGAGCGUGGCGAGCUCUACGGCUCGAAGAAACUCACCAGAGAAUGUGUUUUCCGGGAGCAGUUUGAAGAAAAUUGGUACAACACGUAUGCAUCCACCUUGUACAAGCAUUCGGACUCAGAGAGACAAUAUUAUGUGGCCCUGAACAAAGACGGCUCACCGAGAGAGGGCUUCAGGACUAAGCGGCACCAGAAGUUCACCCACUUUUUACCCAGGCCUGUUGACUCCUCCAAGCUGCCCUCCAUGUCCAGAGACCUCUUCCGCUAUAGAUGAUGUGAUCACCUGGCCUCUGUUUCCCCUCCCCCGCCCCCCCAGUGCUGGGGCCACAGUUAUGUCCUUGAGCUCUAUACUCAUAGCCUUUCAAGCCGGUCCUUUUUAACAACUUCGAUAACAGAGAAGCACUUAAGUUGAACUCAAUCCAGCCGAGCUCUUGUUGUUGAAAGUGUAUUUACAGGUUG